AUGGCAGACGUCGACAUGCCCGACGUUGGUCCCCCAACCGACCACAUUGAGACCUCUACCCCCGAAGAGACGCUCAAGUUACUCUACGAUCUUGAUGCACUGACACAGAUUCCAGAAGGGGAGUUCACCAAGGACAUUCCCCCACCGCCGAUAGGAGAGUUUACCAAGCCAGCUAGUAAGUCCACACCGACGCAAGAUGGGCAGCCUGGACCUUCGUCGGUACCGGGCGGCUCAGGAAACCAGGUUGAUGAGGAGGAGGAGGAGGAGGAGGAGGAGGAGGAGGAGGAGGAGGAGGAGGAGGAGGAGGAGGAGGAGGAGGAGGAGGAGGAGGAGGAGGAGGAGGAGGAGGAGGAGGAGGAGAGCGACGACGAAUACGACGAGCGUCCUCCGCGCAGCACGAAUCCGCGCACCUUGGAAGAACGCCUCCAGCGGGAACUUGAAUACAUAGAUGACAUGCUAGAACAGGACGAGAACGAGGACGAGCAGAACAUGGCGGUGCCACGCGAACAGUGGAGAGCAGCAGACUUCGUCGAGGACGACAUGGUUUACGCAAGCAUCGACGUGCUGGUCAUAGACGCCCUACGCCACCUGCAAACCUUGGAGAAGAAUAGCACGCUGAGGCUGUACACCUCGUUCAUCUACCACUACAAGAGGUGGGCGGCGAAAAUGCUGACGCAAAUACGCGACAAGCUUCCCCAGGAGCACAGGCUUAGGCACGUCGACGAGAUCGGCCACUACAUCCGGGACAACAAGAAGAAGAAUUGGGACAAAGUGGCCGAGGUCCCCCGAGAGUACAUCUGGCUGCACGGUCCUAGGGUAACCGAAACCCGGCUGCGCGCCUAUGUGAAGUUCAUGAUACGCGAGUGUCAGCUCGAUGCCGAGUCGAUCGAGGAGGGGAACAAUGCCCCGCGAACCCAUCCGGUGCAAGGUACAACGGUGCACACGCUCCUCGGGCGCAUAAAGGCAUGCCAGAUGGCGGCGAGAGUGGAGGCGACGCUCCACCGGGAGAAGGAGCUGAGCAUCAUGCGGGAGAUAUCGGUGGUCAGAUCGGAGGUGCGGUUCAUGGUCCGCACCAAGAACGAGAGGGACGUCAAGAAUUGUGCCGACCGGCGUCGCGGCACCAUCGGCGAUACCUACACCGCCGAACAGUUCCGCCAAAUCAUGAUGAAGGUGCUGCCGACAUGGGCGGCGUCGGCGUGGAACCCGCGGGCAACCGCUCCUUCGCAGACGCUGUGGCGAUUUCUGCUCACCAAGGCGCUCACGCUACUCUCCCACCACACUCUCCUGCGAGGCGCCAGCAUCCGCGAGAUCACGCUCCCCGACAUCUUCUUGUACCGACUGGCUAGCACCUCGUCGGUGAACCCUGAGAACCAGCCGGUCGUCAUGGUGAUCGCCGCGCGGAACUCGAAGACUUCCAAGGAUGCCCGUCUUCAGCAGAGCUACGCGGCGCGACACCUGGAAGCGGAGUUGUGCGCCGUCGGCGAGACCGGCCUAUGGUUGCACUUCAUCCUCGACCAGAUCGGUCAGUUCAACGGCGUCGACUUCCUUCCGCCGCUUGACACCACCGAACGCGAGCGCUGGUACAAGAAGCACCUCUUCUUCGCCCGCAACGACAAGGAGCAAAAAGAGCUCUCCGCCUCCAGCCACCAACGUUGGACGCGGCAGUUGUGGACGACCAACAAGGUGUUCUGCAAGCGGAACGUGCACGCCGCUCGCGCCAGAGGUGCGCAGGAGCUAGCCAUUGAAGGGACGCCUCGCGCCGAGAUCGCCGAGCUGGGUCACUGGGCACUCGACAAGAUGACGCGUGCUUACAUCACAGCCAUUCCCGUUGGGGUGGUGAUGAAGAAGGCCGGCUACUCGGGUUGCAAGCAAGACUACUUCUUGGGUCGCAGCAGGGUCGAGCCCUCCAACAAACUAUUGGACAUCAUCGCCGAGCACAUCUUCCCCGGCGUGGAUGCUCUGCUGCGCGAUGCGGAAACGCGAGCUGCCAAAGGGAGCGACGCCAACAAAGCCGCCGUGCACUUCUGGCGUACCCUCCAGAUGAUGCGCCGCAUCGUCGCCGAGGACCUCGCGGUGAAGCUCGUCCGCACCCCUUGGCACCCGUACGUCCAAGGUUCGAAGCUCUGCCGGAUUGCCCUCUUUCAGCACUGGGCGAAAAGGGUCGAGAAGAUCGACACCGAAACGAUCAAGAAACGCCGGGACCCAACCCUCAUUCAGGCAGAGGAAAUCUCCGUUCGCUUGGACACCGAAUACCAUAACAUGUCCCUCAAGGAGAUGCUGAAGUACGAGAGGGAGCGCGCCGCGGUCGAGAAGAUCGACCUUCAGGAUGAACUCGAGAAGCGCGACGAUACCAUCGCGACGCUGACCGCCGAGAUAACCCGUCUCACCGAGGCACUCCGUGUGUCAGAAGCACGGAGGAUGCCGGAGACGCCGCCGUCGGGGAACGAGCAGACGCCGAGCGAGAGUGGCUCCGCGGAUUCGGCCAGUCCGGGGGCCAGAAACAAGAAACGGUACGAGAAACCCCCACAGACCCUCGACGAGGCUCGUUACGAGCUCAACGUGGUGCAACCUUGGCGGGAGUCAAAGACCGUGAGGGACGCUUGGCGCCUCUGGAACUCCGCCACCGCCAAUGACACCCGCCGUCUUUGCGAUAGGGUCGCCGAGCCGGGAUUCGUCGACCGCCACACCCUCCUCAAAGGUGCGACGCAGGGUGCACACGACAUGAAGGUGCGCCGCAUGCUGAAGGCCAUGGAUGCGGUGCGCCUUCUUCGCUCGAGCGACGGCGAUGCCGACACCGAAGCCGUCGUCGCUGCCCUGAACAAGAUCGCGGCGCCGGGCAUCGGGACCUUCUGCGAUGCCCUCACGGUGCUCAAACCGGGAACCGCACCGACGAAGUCCAAGGAGCCCGGCAUGGGAGUCAAGGGGCUGGGCCCCAAGUCGGUCUCGAAGCUACGUCUCGCCUGUGCGCUGGUGGCGGUCAACUUGAAGCCGACCGCUUGGGUCGCCGUCCUGUUUCCAGACACCUGGGAGGAGCAGAUGCCGAAGACCGUGGCGGACAUGGCCAAGCAGACCGCACCUGUGCUGCGUCCUCCGACGAAGCGCAAGAAGGCGGCAUGA